CCUCGGCUGCUUUAGUUUUGUGGGUCAUGGUGCAGGCGCGCGAUUCCUGGACAGCCAGGCGGUCCUGAAACGGCAGAUGAGAGCAGCCGCUCUGCUCUUUGGCUGCAGUAGUGCCGCUCUGGCAGUGCGAGGGGAUCAGGAAGGACAAGGCAUCAUCCUCAAUUACCUCAUAGCAGGAUGCCCAUUUGUUUUGGGAAACCUGUGGGAUGUGACGGAUCGAGACAUCGACCGCUUCACAAAAGCUUUGUUAGAGUCCUGGUUCUCUGCCGGCUCUGGAGCGCCCCUCCUGGUUCACAUGGGUCCAUCACGUCAGGCCACACACCUCAAACACCUCAUUGGAGCUGCACCUGUGGUCUACGGCUUACCAGUCCACCUGCAGUAGAUCGUCUGAAAAGCCAUGAGUCUUCUAAAAACAGGAUAUAAACAAUCCCUGAAGAAUCUAAAUGUUAUAGUGUCAGCCAAAAACCUGGACAACUUGUAUUUAACUUGAAAUUUAAUCCUAGUAUUUUUUUUGACAGGAUUAAUUUGUCACUUUUCUUUAAUUUAUACCAAUGUUUCCAUUUUAAACCAAU